AUGGCGGACCUACCACCAAGAAGACCCAUCCGCCAGCCCCCUCCCCGAUGGAAGCCAAACCCCAAUCCGGCGUCAAUAGACGUCCCAGGACUAGACACCACAGCCUCCGUAACAGAUCAGAUCGAGCAAAUCGAGCAGCUGAUCACACUCAAGCUGCAGAACAUAGACGAGAACUUUGCUACGAUCCAUAGCUUGUUGAUGAACAAGAUUCUACCUGCGAUCAAGCGGUACGGGACCGCCACCGAACCGGCAAGGGAGGCUGCGAAGUUCUGGACCUCGUUCUACGAGCAGGCUGCGCAGAUUCGCAUCCCGGCAUACGAUGACUACGAGACGGUGCACGAAGAUCCAUCCGUACAGGCUGAAUCCGAGGCCUCUGCGGCGCCUCCUCCCGUACCAGAGUCGCCGGCCCCGUCAGAGGGGUACGAUGAACCCUCCACCUCCAGGGCGCCGCAGUCGCGAUACGAUCAGAGUAUGGCGUCGACGGAGAUGUCCUUUGCUCCCGCGCAGGCCGCCGUAUCGUCCACUCCGGCGAGGCAGCGCGCGCAGAUGGCCAAUACGACACAGUCUACGGAUAGUUCAUGGGCUGCGUCGCUGGAGUCCCCGAUGGUGCGCAUGUCGCGGGACUUGCGUAGCUUGGCGGAGGAGGACGAACGUUCGCGCUUGAAUGUUACGGCGACGCAGGAGCGGACGUUCAUUCCUACCUCUGUCAAGGGGAAGGAGCGAGAAGAACCAAUACUACGAAGCAUUCUCCGGAACAAGACAUAUAUGCCGGAAUCGACGACGCCUGGCUUGUAUGCCUCGCCAUCGCGGUCACGACAGAAGAUCAAGACGCCCAUUCCUGCGCACCUCAACCCAUUCACAAGCCGGAAUCCGGAGCCGCAGAAGUGGAAUGGUGUGGUGGACUUGGGACAGGCCGGGCUGGCUAUACCACGGCGUGGCGAGCGAACCUAUACUGCUGCCGAUGACGACUCGGACGACGAUGACCUGCCACCUGGGAUGUCGCCGCCCGUCCUGAUGUCUCCUGCGCGCGCACCGCGCUCAGUGCGAAGAACGCCGGGGAGGAUGGCAGUGGAUAGGAUUACGCGCGAUCUGGUCAGUGAUGUCCAGCGCGCGGAGCGCGGGUACCAAUAUAGCUACCAGUACGAGAGCCGCACGGAGACGAGUGUGAGCUCGAUGCCGUCGGUACCCUCGUCGCUGUCGCGAUACCACCAGCAGCAAGAGUCGCAGUCCAGCGUGACGAACGACACAAGUCUGGAGAGCAUGAUGCAGCGCAUGGAGGCGUACGACGACCAGCCGUAUCAACAGCAGCAGCAGCAACACCAGCCCCAAAAAGAGCCACAAGACGAACUUGAAGAAGCCGAGACGUCCUUUGGGGAUGUCGCUGGGCCCAUCCCGCUCAACUUCCAGCGGCGCGGCGUGGACGACGACUCGGAUUCGGAUGACGACGACCUCAUCGACGCGACUGUACAGCCCGGCGCGGCCUUCAUGAUGGCCUCCAACAAUGCUGGCGACGACUCCUUUGACUCGAUCUCCUCGCGCUCGUCAUCAGAUUCGAUGGACGACGAGAUGCCGCCGGAUGCACUCGCGCAGCCCGUCCACCCCUUCGCGCGGCAGUGGGCAACGAGCGUGGACGACGAUUCGGACUCGGACUCCUCGUCGGACGAGGGUGUGCGGGGGGAUACGUCGACGCUGUUCGGGGCGCGUGCAGGUCCGCUCAAUGUUAGGCAGUCGAUUGGGCCGGAUGGGAACUUGCGGAUGCUUGGGGAGGAGCUGCUGGAGGAUACGAUUGGGUAUGGGCAGGUGCCGGGGAUGGUGCCGGAGAGUCCGUCACCUGCAGGGGAGUGGCCGAUGCUGGGAAGACGAGGGAUAGUGGACGAGUGA